AUGUGGCCCAAAAGACUACACGGCAUCGAGUGGUAUGGUGGCAACUCCUACGUGACAACAACGACACCGGUAACUACUGCAUGUGCUGCUACUCCCACCAGCCCCGCUGCUAGUGGCAUAUCUUACACCGUUAUUGUCGUACCAACUCAAGAUGUCCUUCGUUAUGUACCAUUUAUUGUCAAUGCCUCAGUCGGUGACACUAUUGUAUUCCUGUGCAACGCAAACAACCAUACCGUCACCAAGUCGGCCCAACUGGCGAUUUGCAAUAAGACCAUGGACGCUCCGUUUGCGUCGGGUGAACACAACAAGAGCUUUGUCUUUCAACAAAAGGUCAACGAUACCAACAGCACCUACUUCUACUGUGGUACUCCAGGUCACUGCCAGAAAGGAAUAUUCGGUAUCAUCAUGAUGCCGGCUAUGGCCACCAGUAGUUCAAGCAUGGGUGCUAUGUGGCAGUACACGCAAAUGAUGACUCAAAAUAACAGCGUGGCAGCUAGUUGGGCAGGUAACGUCGAUAUGUCGGACAUGCCUCGGUGGGCCCGUCAAUACGUGGCCGAGAAUGUGAUGUACACACGUACAUUCCUGGCUGCCAACCUGGAAACCCUUAACGAGGAUGGAAGUGUUGGCCUUGGCAAUGCAGGUAGUGCGCCGUUAAUGGUUCCAGUUGACAUCACGUCCGGCAGAACAGUAGCACAUCUUCACCAGGAGGGAACUCCGGAAGUUCCUCACCUCAACCUGCGAGCUCGAACCCGUCUGCGACGAUGA